AUGAAAAAGGACGGUAUUUAUGCCGAUCUUGUGAGAGCACAAGAAAUUGAGAAGGCUGAGAAGAAGGAGGAAGAGGAAGAGGAAGCUGUGCGAGGAAUGACUUUUCCCGUUUUCUCCAUAAUCUACGGUAAAAUGUUCAAAGUAAGGAAAUCGGUCCACAAAAUUGUUUUAAAUUUUAAAAACGUACUGCAGACUUUGACUGCUGGAACAAACGACCAGAAACUCCAUGGAGCGAUGAUGAAUGCUAUAUGGUUUACCAUUCUUGGAGUUUCUACCGGAUGCAGCACUAUGCUCUCUGGCUUCCUGUUUGGAAGAGCUGGCGAAUCUUUCACCAGAAGACUGAGAAUGUCACUUUUCACCAAUAUCAUAAAACAGGAUGGCGAAUAUUUCGAUCAUGACGACCACGCGUCAGGCAAAUUGACUACCAGACUUUCAACAGAUGCUCCGAAUAUUAGAGCGGUAACUAAGCUUUUUGGCUUACUAUAAGC